AUGCAAUUCUCUAUAACUGUCUUGGCGCUUUUGACACCUGCUCUUGCGGCCUAUGUGCCCUCGGACCCAUGGACCGACUUGAAGCCUGAAGGCAUCUUCCCCAGUGGAACCACCGACUACUCUGCCAAGUUUGGUAUCCAGAUUGUGACACUUUCUGACAAGGCUGCUGAGACUGUGGCUGCCAAAAGGGAAGAGGUGAACCAGAUUGGAGAUGGUCAAAUCCAGCACCAGUCAGUGCCGGCGACCACCACGGCCUCGGUGAUAAAUCAGAUUGGAGACGGUCAAAUUCAGCAUCAAACCGCUUCGGUGAUUAACCAAAUCGGAGACGGUCAGAUCCAGCAUCAGACUGCUCCUCCAGCUCCUACCGUGACUGCCUCGGUUAUCAACCAAAUUGGCGAUGGCCAAAUUCAGCAUCAAACGGCUUCCGUUGUGAACCAAAUCGGUGACGGUCAAAUUCAGCAUCAGACGGCUUCAGUCGUUAACCAAAUUGGCGAUGGCCAAAUUCAGCAUCAAACGGCCUCUGUCAUCAACCAAAUUGGCGAUGGUCAAAUUCAACACCAAACUAGUGAAAAUGUCGCUGCUGCUGCUGCUGCCACAGAGGCUCCAUCUUCAGGUAUCCAGCAGGCCUGCAUUGGCAACGACAACUUGGCCAUGACUUUGGAAAAGUCCAUCUUGAGAGACGGCCUGGGUAGAGUUGGUGCCAUUGUCUCCAACAGACAAUUCCAGUUUGAUGGUCCUCCACCUCAGGCUGGCUCCAUCUACGCUGCUGGCUGGUCUAUCACGCAAGAUGGUCUUUUGGCCUUGGGUGAAGGUACCGAAUUCUUCCAGUGUAAGUCCGGCGACUUCUACAACUUGUACGACCAAAACGUCGCCGAGCAGUGUGAACCGGUCCACUUGAGCAUCAUCGAGUUGAUCAGCUGCUAG